AUGGAGUUCUCCUCAGUUGGUAAGAUAGAUGUUGUGGAUCAGGAAGUUAGAGCUCAUGUGAAUAGUUUGGUCACAGCUUUGGGAGGAAGCGGAGCAGAUGAAGAAGGUCGAUACAUACUAGGAGAUGAUGCAUUAGCAUGUCUACGAGAUCUUAAGAGAUGGUUAAAGCUCUACGAUGAGAAAUCAAAUCGAUUAGAUGUUGCACGAUGUCUCGCAGAUUCCAAUUUAGUGGGAGGAGAUCUACUACAAAUUCUUGCAGCAUGGCCCGAGAAUGCCACGGACAAUCGAUUGAAGUCGAAGAUAGCGUUGGCAUGUCUAGAACUAAUGGUUCCAUUGACUUGGCCGUUGGAGAAGAAUAAGGAAAUGACGGUCAAUCAUCAUCGACAUGUACCAUACUUGGAGAUUGCGCAAGUGGGAUACAAGAGGUCGAUUCUUGGGUUUGAUGGAGCAAAAAUAUUACAUACUGCAGUUAGAUGCGCGCUUCCAGCCAUUGCGGAGGAUAUUGGGGAUCGGAGUACGAGAGAUGAGGGCAUUAUCAAGUUGCUCUUGUACUUCUUGCGGAAUAUUGCUAUGAUCGCACCUCCACCGAAUGGUGAAUACGAAGGUGACGAGGCAGAAAUCUCGAGGUCUGCGACAGUCGAUGCUUUCGACUACCAAGAUAUAUUCCAUCUUCUUUUGACGAUAUCCUCGACGAUGGGGGAGGAUUUCACUACCCAGGAUGUUGUAAUCAUGGACGUUAUCUUCCACUUGAUUAAGGGAGUCGAUGUGGAAAAGUUGUUCGUCAGCGAAGAGGCAAUGGACAAUAGUAAGACGGACGAGCUAGUCAGGUUACGGAAGAAGGAACAAGCAAUGCUUCGAGGUUAUCAAACAAAUGCUCCUACGAGGCAUAAUCGAUUCGGAACAAUGGCAUGGAUGCAACGGGAUAAUGCGAAAAUGACAACAAUAUCUGGUCAGGCUGCUCUAAGGACUGGUAGAGGAGGACUGGACAAAAUGGAUAGUACCAAGAAGUUCAAGCCACCUCGGAGAGCAGUGAAAGGAGAAAGUGGACCGCUAGCCUUUGAUAACCUGGUCCCUCUCAAUGCGUCGGCAACAAAAAAUUUACGAAACUUUGUUGAAGACUUUCUCGAUUCUGGUUUCAAUCCCCUUUUUACGCAUAUUCGAAAAGCAAUUGAUCGAGAAGCUGAGAGAGUCCUUGAAUAUCAUCAACGGCAAUUCUUCUAUCUCAUAUCGUGGUUUCUCGAGGCGGAAAGAGCAAGGAGAAAGAACAAAAAGUCUUCUAAGAGUAAAGUACCCGAGGAGGUGGACAGUUUUGCCCUUGUUGCGACUGUUCUCAACCAAGAGAUGUUCAUUACGCUCAAUAGAGGGAUGGAUUUAAAUUUUGAGAACAAAAACUGGUACGAUUUAAGUGCGGCGAUGAAAUGCUUCACCCAAAUUCUUCUCACCGUUCAAGAAAUGGCAGAUUCACCUCUUGAAGAUGAUCAAGAGAUUGCAGAAAACAUUCUUGCUCGUAUAUUCUACGAAGAUACAACUCACGAACGAGUAGCGAUGAUUACUCGAUCAUAUAAAGAUCAAGGAUUUGGUUAUCUGGAUUCUUGCACAGAGCUUACGCAUAAUUAUAUGCGUAUCCUGGAACAAUAUUCAAAGCAGAAUAUGGAUAUGCAAGUAAGAUCUCGGAGACGUACGCGAAAGAAGAAGAAGGCUGCCAGGGAUGCAGGAGAAGAUCAAGGCGAUGACAUUAUAGUUGAUGAGUCUGAUGGUGAAGAUGAGGCACGAGCACAGAAAGAAUCCUCCGAGCGAAAGUUCGACUACAAACUCUUUGCAGCAAAAUUCCUGUCACAAGGAUGUAUAGAUACGUUUAUAUCGUUUACCAAGUUUUAUCUUGACCUCAAGCCAGCACAAUUGAAACGGGCCCACAGGUUUUUUUACCGUGUGGCUUUCAAACAGGAUAUGAGUGUUAUGUUGUUCAGAGUGGAUAUCAUUGAUUUAUUUUACAAGAUGAUCAAAGGUCCAGGAGGCAUGGAUCCUCUGUCUUCUUCCUACAAAGAGUGGGACGAAAUGGUCAAGCAACUCUUAAAGAAAUGUACGAGGAAAAUUCAAGAGCGUCCGGAACUUAUUGUGGAAAUCCUCUUUUCGAAAAUUAAUAGCACCGCACAUUUCUUGGAAUAUGGCUAUGAAAAGCAGACAAUAUCUACGAAGCCUAAAGCUGCGGCUGAAUUAGAAGUUAAGGGCGGAUUAGAGUGGGAAGCACAAAUCGGUGUUGCUGUUGGAGCUUUGCUUGAUAGGAAUGAGGCUGAUCAUAUUGAAUGGGUCAAGUCACAAUUAUUUUCUGCCGAGAGUGAAAGGAGGGGAUGGGAGGCGGCGAACCAAGCUUUGCAGUCCGUGGAAAAAGAUCCAUUUGCGGAAGAUGAAGAAACCCCUGUCGCGGAGGUUGAAACCCCAAAGGCUGCUACUAUUCUUCUUAAACCGGACAACGAUGCUAGGAAAACUGCCAUGUUCAAAAAUGGCUAUCUUCGCCUUUUGAUGAAGCUUGUCGGACUCGCAAGUAUUGGAGCUGUCGAUGACCCUGACACUUCCUGGAUUGUCCCGUCAGCGAAGUCUGCAGAUCAGAUCAAGGAAGCUCUCGAUUUAAUUAAGAAAUUUGAAUUUGCUCCACCAACCUUCGACGACGGUAAAGGAGCACUUGACCAAAUAAGGAGAGUAUCUGCUGGUAUGAAUAGGAAACGUGCAGCAUUUGAUGACGAAUCAGAUGAUGGCAUUGAUGACGAAGAGGAAGAACUUCUCUUCGAGCCCGGCGGACCCACAGCGAUGAAGAAAUCCGAUGCACUAAAGGCUCUGAAGAAGAGUCGAAGGAAACGCAGGAAAGAAGGAAGCGAAGAAUCUGAAAGCAAUGGGCUGACGGAUGAACAAAUAGAGGCACGCGCGACUGCUAGGAGAGCAAGGGAGUUGGAGAAGAAUCGGAAGAUUAAGAGUGAAUUGUAUGUUCAUGAUAGCGAUGAGGAAGACGAGGAGAAAGAUAGGAUGUUCUUCGAGGUUGAAGAGAAGUUAAGACAGCAGAAUAAAAUUGUCAUCAUGAAGGGCCUGUUGGGAGUUGGUCAGCAGAGAGAAAGUGGGAAGAAGAGGAUGGCGGGUGCGUUGGAUGGGGAGACAGAUGGAGAUAGUGAUGAGGAUGAGGAUGUGGUGAUGACAGGAACUAAGAAGAGGGGAAGUAGUGCAAUCUCGCUGGAUAGCGAUGAUGCUGCUGCAGGUAUCGGUGCUGGGGACGCAGAAUCAGAAGAGGAAGAUGCCGAGAAGACGGAUACCCCAAUCUCAAGUCCACAUAGAUCCGCGCAACCUAAGAGGAGAAAAGUGUCAAGUGAUGUUGACGACGAAGAUGACGAUGUUGAACCACUGUUUACAAAAGGUGCAAUGAUGCAGAUGGUAGAUGAUGAGGAUGAAGAGAAUAUGGCGCCGGUAUCGAAACCUAGGAGACCGAGGGUCAGAGCUGGCUUUAUUAUGGAUAGUAGUGAUGAGGAAUGA